GAAUCCCGAGGAAAUGGAUCGCUUCAGUUUCGACGAUUCUAUACGCUUCGAGGAAGAUUCUUUAUGCAGUUGGAGCUCGGAGCCGGAAUCCUUGUGCAACAAUUGGCGCGGCUGGAAGAAACCGACCCCCAACGGCAGCAACGGCAUCGGUGGUGCUGGCACAAAUACUACCGGUGGCAUAGGCCUCAGUACCAACGUGAGUGGCGGAGGCGGCAGCGGAACUUUCGGAACAUCUUCAACGGGAAUAUGUGGAACAGGAGGAGGUAUUGUUGUAGGCAACGGUGCCGCCACUGCUGCAGGCAUCUCAACCUGUGGCCGAUGCUAUGAUGUUUCCACGUUGGCCGAGCUCGCAGCACGCUGUGUUGCUUCCCACAUACCCUUCGAACUGGUCGAACAUGUUUAUCCACCUGUGCCGGAACAGCUUCAGUUGCGCAUUGCCUUCUGGAGUUUUCCGGACAAUGAGGAGGAUAUACGCCUGUACUCUUGUCUGGCCAAUAGCUCGGCGGAAGAGUUCAAUCGAGGCGAUCAACUGUUUCGGAUGCGCGCCGUUAAGGAUCCUCUGCAAAUAGGUUUCCAUCUCUCAGCCAGCGUUGUGAGCCAAACGCCGCGCACAUAUUUCAAUGUGGCUGUCACGUUCGACAGACGACGCAUCUCCUCCUGCAAUUGUACGUGCACUUCGUCCGCCUACUGGUGUUCCCAUGUGGUGGCCGUCUGCCUGCAUCGCAUACAUUGCCCCCAGGAAGUGUGUCUGCGUGCGCCCGUCUCGGAGUCGCUAACGCGACUACAACGCGAUCAGCUACAAAAGUUCGCCCAGUACUUGAUCAGUGAGCUGCCGCAGCAGAUAUUGCCGACAGCUCAGCGUUUGCUGGACGAGCUGCUCAGUGCCCAGCCCACGGCUAUUAAUACUGUGUGCGGAGCGCCGGAUCCCACUGCGGGCGCCUCGAUCAAUGACCAGACCAGCUGGUAUUUGGACGAGAAGACGCUGCAUAGUAACAUUAAGCGCAUAUUAAUUAAGUUCUGCCUACAAGCUCCCAUAGUGUUUAGCGAUGUCCACUAUCUAACAGAUUCGGCACCACCGGCUGCCGCUGAGUGGAGUUCCCUGUUGCGACCGCUACGUGGUCGUGAGCCAGAGGGCAUGUGGAAUCUGCUGUCGAUUGUACGCGAGAUGUAUCGACGCUGCGAUCGCAAUGCGGUACGCUUGCUGGAGAUUAUCACAGAAGAGUGCAUGGCCUGCGAUCAGAUAUUGAUCUGGUGGUUCCAGACCAAGCUGGCUCUCAUGAUGGGCUCCCAUGGCCACAGUGGCGGCAAGCAUUCGAAUACCCACUCCAAUUCGACGACACUGCAACAUGCGUGCAGCUCGCUCUGCGAUGAGAUAGUGGCCCUAUGGCGUCUAGCAGCUCUCAAUCCAGGCCUGGCGCCUGACGAGCGAGACAUGCUGCAUGCACAGUUCACGGCCUGGCAUCUCAAGAUCCUGGAUCGCGUCGUAAAGUGUCGUAUGAUGCCCUCAUCGUACAAUAAUAAACAUCAGCAGAAUUCACGUUCGGAAACGGAGAUGUUCAUUGGCUUUAAGCCGGCAAUUGAGGCGUGUUAUCUCGAUUGGGAGGACUAUCCGAUAACAGGCGUUACGCACACCCACGACACAAAUCCCAUAUACUAUUCGCCCUUUACCUGUUUCAAGCACACUGAUGCCAAGGGCGAGUCGUGCAGUACCGGCGGUCCGCUGAAUGCCACUCAGGCGGUGAUGAACAACAAUAAGCAUUACAACUACUUCAGCACCUCCAACGAUCAUGGACUCCACGGUGGUGUCUUUAAGCAGCGCCUGGAGAGACCGUUUCGCGAUCGCUACUAUGUGGGUGGUCCAGGUGGUAGUGGUGCAGGUGGAAGCAACGUAGGCGCACCAUCUGUGGAUGCAGCGGGCCACAGCAGCGGCGUAGUAAGCGUUAUUGCCAGACCAGGCGUGUGCUUAGGCACAGGAGCGAGCUGCAGCACAAGUGGAAGUGCCGGCGGCGGCGGCGAUGUUGGCAUUAGCAUCGGGCUCAUGGAGCGGCGGCAUGACGAAUUACCUAGCAGCUCGACGGCGGCAAACGCUGCAUCAGCCUCUGGCAAUGUGGGCGUCGCUGCCGUAGCCGGAGGUGCUGCAGGUGGCGGUGGUGAUGGUAACCGUUCGAGUGCCAGCAGUGAGGGCUUUUGUGAGAACGAUGACUUUGGCGGGGACACCAGUAGUAGUCACAACUAUUGCACCGAUGCCGGUGGACGUACUAUAAAGCCUACACAAGCGGGUGCUAUAGUAGGUGGCGGCGUUGUCGGUGGCUUGCCUAAAUCCUUAACGGAAUCCGACUCGCAGAGCAGCUUCGAUGCCGUUUCUCAGGAGGGCUUUGUGCUACCGGCUACGCCAACAAACAACGCGACGGCCGCAUCUCCUUCAUCAACAGCGGUUCCACUGGCCACACCCACUGGUCUGUUAAGUGAUGCCGCCUAUCGGAAUAAUGCCUCAUCCACAUCGGACACAUCAUCAGCGUCCUCGGCAUCCUCUUCGGCCUCAUCAGCUUCGGGCUCGUCCAAUUCAUCCACCUCGUCGAUGCUAAUGGCUGCAAACGAUGUGGCAACGCCACCACCAGAUCAUAGAGUAACCACCACAGUUGUAGUUGGCAGACGUCUGUCGAAAGAUGAAUCUUUCUCCUCCUCCGGCGACGAGUUCGUAAAUGCGGCGGACUUGGGUGGUAAAAAUAUGGGCGGUGGCGCCAGCGGUCCAGGUGAACUGACGCCGGUGCCCAGCACAUCUGCAGCGGCGCGUGCGGCACUGGCCUCUGGAGCAGGUGCAACAAGCGCCCAGACAAGUACGCCAAUGGUGUCGGUGGCCCCAACCACAUCAGGAGCAGCGGCUUCGGGAAAUAUACCGGCGGCUCGAGCUCUGGCUGUCGCUGUAGCAGUCGCCAGCGAUAAGCCACACAUCUUCUCUAACGUGCGACCAUCGGAGGAUGCCUGGGACAUAUUGCUAGCCCGUGCCGAGGGAUUGCAUGCUCAUGGACAUGGAGGAGAGGCGUGCAUUCUGGCUGUCCGACUAGCCGAACAAAUGCUGGCUAAUCCGCCCAAUUUGCUGCUCGACUUGCCACCAGCGCCAAAGCGUAAGGGCAAGAAGCAGAACGUCAAUCCCAUCUCGCACCAGUUAACAGUGGUUGCCUCUGCCACGCUCUCCAAGUGCGCCUUUCUUUGUACGGUGCUAUCAGAGAAUUCGGAACAUUAUCAUAUAGGGUUUCGAAUUUGUCUGUUUGCCUUGGAAAUGCCGAGACCGCCGGCCAGCACGAAACCACUGGAGGUGAAGUUGGCCAAUCAGGAGGCCGACAUUCUGGCAUUGCUCAAAAAGAUCCCCCUGGGCGCUGCUGAGUUGCACGUGAUUCGAGAGCGCGCAGAACAGCUGAGAAGCGGCACGUUUAAGACACGAGGCGAGGCACUGCUACCAAUUAAUUUGGCCACAUUUAUAUUCGAUGCACUUGUCCUGCCCAGUGGGACAGGUGGAACAGUUGGCUCCCUGGGUGUCACACUUAGCCCUGCUCCCAAGGAUCUGCCUGGACGCAGCAAUGGCCCGCGGCCGAACGCUUUCUAUAAGCAGCAAAGCGAUGAAAAUCUGGGUUUUGAGGCCGCUGUGGCGGCGCUUGGUCUAAAGGCCAAUGUUUCGGAGGCGGAACAUCCGUUGCUGUGCGAGGGGACGCGUCGUCAACGUGGAAAUCUGGCACUUACCCUACUCUACUAUUACAAGGAUGAGCCACGCAAGAUAGCCAAAAUUAUGGAGAAGCUUCUGGAUCGCGAUAUACACACGCUGCUGAAGGCACCACUGCUUCCAGCCUACUACUCCAAUAAUCCACCUGUGCGCACGCCGAGCAAUCAACCUCCACGACGUGAAGAGCACGAUUUUGGCAGUGCUUCUAGCAGUUGCACAGUUGGCGGCAACGGUGGUGCAAUUCUUUGUGACCUAUUUCCCACCGAUUAUGGAUCUGUGGGUGGAAAUAGCAGACCACAUAGCUCUACGAGCGCAGAGCUGGAGGUCAGCAUCUGUGCCCUGAGCAUUGCAUCCACGCAGGCGGGUGGCAGCAGUGGUGGUGCAAGUGGUAGCAACAUAAAUAGCAGUGCUAGUGCUGGCUCUCAAAGCAUGGUAAAUCCUGGUGGCACAACAACCGCCGGUGGUGGAGCCAAUACUGUAGGCAGCUCCACCAAUACCACGACAACAACGACCACCACCAGCCGCACCAAGGAGAGCCGCUAUAAGGGGAAACGCGCAUACCCGUCCAUACCCAAUCAACCGUCGGAGGCCAGUGCACACUUCAUGUUUGAGCUGGCGAAAAAUGUGUUGAAUAAAGCUGGUGGCAACUCAUCCACCUCACUUUUCACACAGGCCACCACUAAUCAAAACCAUCAUGGACCACAUCGGGCGCUUCAUAUGUGCGCCUUCCAACUGGGCCUGUAUGCUCUAGGUUUGCAUAAUUGCGUCAGUCCCAAUUGGUUGUCGCGCACCUACUCCUCACAUGUCUCUUGGAUCCUCGGACAAGCCAUGGAGAUUGGUGCACCGGCCAUAAGCUUUCUAAUCGAUACAUGGGAGGCACAUUUGACACCACCGGAGGCCGCGGGUAUGGCUGACCGUGCAUCGCGCGGCUGGGACAGUAAUAUGGUGUAUCCUGCAGCUGAAUUGGCGCUAUCGGUGCUGCCCCAUGCGGCUGCGCUUAAUCCCAACGAGAUCCAACGCGCCAUACUGCAGUGUAAGGAACAGAGUGAUCUUAUGCUGGAGCGCGCCUGUCUCACAGUCGAGAAUGCGGCCAAGGGUGGUGGUGUUUAUCCUGAAGUAUUGUUUCAGGUGGCACGCUACUGGUACGAGCUCUACAUGCGGAAUACGCCUAACAGCGAGCACAGCGAUCAGCACGACGAACAACUGGACCACUCGGCGGUUAGCCUUAGCGCACUGAUCGAGUCCCAACAGCAGCACGAGCUGCAGCAGCAAUUAAGCAUGCCGGCGCCCAACAUGGGGCAUGGACCGCCCCUAGGUGCUGGCGGAGCGCAGCCGCCCGGGCAACCCGGCCAGGUGGUUGUUACUACCGCACCGCAGCCGUUUCAGCCUGGUGUGGCCACGCUGGCGCCUAUUGGUUUAACGCCCUAUCCGCCGUACAGCUUCUGCCAGGGCAUCUAUCAUCACAAUUUAAGCUACCCGCCCAAUCCAAUGCAGAUGUACAUUUCCGCAGGCCCACCGCCACCACAGGCCUAUCCAGGCUACCAACCGCCACCGCCCGCACCACAACAGCAGCCACAGCCGUUAGCACCGCCGGCGCCAGGCCAUCAGGGACCCCCACCACCGUUCCAGGCACCGCCACCUUUUCAGCAGUUGCCCCCGCAAGCCUAUCAGACAAUGCAGCCGGGCCCGCCAGCCUUUGUGCCCGCGCCACCGACCCAAGGGGGACCCCCGCAAAUGGGUCCACCAGCCCAACACAUGCAACAGGCAGUAACAGCGGCAGCCGGCUAUUAUGGUGCACCACCACCACCCCCGCCACACAAACAACAGACGGCGCCGUCUUCAAAUGGACCACCGACGGCGGCGGUGCAAAUGCGACAGCAUCCACACGCGCAUCAGCAUCCGCCUAGCGUCUACCCUUUCAUGCAACCGCCACCACCACCGACGCAUCAACAACAGCCACAAGCGCAACAACAACAACCGCCCUCGCAGUCACAACCACCGGUGCGACAACGCAAUCCGCAUCAGUUCACACCCACACAGCUGCGCUACCUACUGGCCGCCUACAAUGUGGGUAUGUUGGCGAUGGAGACAUUGGCGCGACGGGUUCACGAUGACAGACCGCAGGCCAAGUAUGCCCGGAACCCUCCAUAUGGAGAGGAUGUGAAAUGGCUGUUGCGGAUCAGCAAGAAGCUGGGCACCCAGUACCUGCAUCAGUUCUGCAUCUGUGCGGUCAACUCGAUUGUGAGUCCGUUCGUGUUGCACGACGUGGCCAUCGAGUCGGCCCACUAUCUGGGGCGCAACAAUCAUCAAAUGGUCAUGCAACACUUGCGCUCUGCCCUAACGCCGCUCGUGCAAAAGUGUCAGCAAAUGUACAUUCAGUGCAUCCAUCAGAAGCUGUACCAUUUGACGCAGGGCGACUAUGAGGAGUUCGCCAGCAUAGUGGUGGCCGCUCGCGCCGCCUUCCAAAUCACGCCCGAAGGAAGUGCACAGUUCAAGGAUUGGCUGCAGUCGAUCAAGCGUUCCAAAUCGUGUAAGAAGGAGCUCUGGACGCAGAUUAAUUCGGCGCUGCAAAGCAAUUCCAAAUGACAAAGACUUGACUCGUGCAACAUGAUGACAGCAGCAGGAGCGGCAGCGACGAC